UUCAACAAUACAAAUAUCAAGUGAAGAUCAAAACUCUUCUUUAACCGAGUAACGAUGGGGUCAGUGGAGCCACAGUACCAAUCUUUGCUUCCCACGCUUGAUUCACAUACAAGAAUCACACACUUGUCUUCUCAGGCAAUUGAGGAGUUCUUGCAACAAAGGACAGUGCCAUUGAGAUGGUGGCCUCGUCUUGUUGCUUGGGAAUCAAGGCUCUUAUGGUUAUUAUCUUGGGCUUCUAUAAUUGUCUCCUUAUUCAAUUUCAUGCUUAGCUUUGUCACCCAAAUGUUCUCUGGACAUUUGGGUGCUGUAGAGCUUGCUGGUGCUUCCAUUGCCAACGUUGGAAUUCAGGGCCUUGCUUAUGGGAUUAUGCUGGGCAUGGCUAGUGCUGUGCAGACGGCGUGCGGCCAAGCCUAUGGAGCCAAGCGGUACUCCGCCAUGGGUGUCAUAUGUCAGAGAGCAAUUGUGCUGCACUUGGGAGCAGCUGUGCUCCUUACAUUCCUCUACUGGUUCUCAGGUUCAGUGUUUGUAGCUAUGGGGCAAUCGACAGCCAUUGCCGAGCAAGGACAAAUUUUCGCCCGAGGUUUGAUCCCUCAGAUAUAUGCAUUUGCCAUAUGUUGCCCUCUGCAGAGGUUUCUUCAAGCUCAGAACAUUGUGAACCCUCUUGCAUGCAACGCUGUGGGGGUGUUCUUUGUUCACGUAUUUCUCUCAUGGCUUGUUAUUUAUAAAUUGGACUAUGGGCUUCUGGGAGCAGCCUUAACACUAAGUUUGUCUUGGUGGCUUCUUGUCAUCUUGAAUGGGCUCUACAUCGUUCUGAGUCCAAAAUGCAAGGAAACUUGGACUGGCUUGUCCAUAAGUGCUUUCCAAGACAUUUGGCCUUAUUUCAAGCUCACAGCAGCCUCUGCUGUCAUGCUUUGUCUGGAGAUAUGGUACAACCAAGGAAUGGUACUCAUAUCAGGCCUCUUACCAAACCCAACAAUCUCACUAGACUCCAUUUCCGUUUGCAUGAACUACUGGAACUGGGACAUUGAGUUUAUGCUGGGCCUGGCAGCAGCCACCAGUGUUCGAGUGAGCAAUGAACUAGGGGCUGGCCAUCCAAAGGUUGCAAAAUUUUCAGUGAUUGUAGUGAAUGGGACUGCCAUUAUUAUCAGUACAAUUUUUAGUGUUAUUGUGCUGUGUUUUAGAGUUGAACUGAGCAAACUCUUCACAAGUGACUCUGAGGUUAUAGAAGCAAUUUCUAAUCUUACUCCUCUGCUUGCCAUCUCUGUUUUCCUCAAUGGUGUUCAACCUAUACUCUCAGGUGUGGCCAUUGGCAGUGGAUGGCAGGCAGUGGUGGCUUAUGUUAACCUAGUCACAUACUAUAUUAUUGGUCUCCCUAUUGGUUGUGUACUUGGUUUCAAAACCAAUUUAGGAGUAGCAGGAAUUUGGUGGGGAAUCAUCAUUGGAGUUGUUUUCCAGACAUUAACUUUAAUUAUUUUGACUUCAAGAACAAACUGGGAUGCUGAGGUUGAAAAAGCUGCUAGACGAUUGAAUGAGUCUGCAAGAGAGGGCUUGGAAUCGCUACCCAAUCCUUAACUCGCUCCAUAGGCUUCUCUUUACCAUUUUCUUUUCAAGUUGCUCUUUUUAUGAAAUGAAGAUUGGAGUUAAAGAAUCCAAUAUUUCCUCCUCAUCAGCCAAGAAUUUGAAUUUUGUAACGAAGUCAUCCACCUGGUUAGAUUUGAAGUUCCACUUUUUUUUAAAGAUUGGGGAAAGCUUUCCCUUAUAAUUUGUAGUUGCAAUUUUAAUGAAAUAACAGAGGAAGUGGAAAUUUAUAGCAUAGUGGAAUGAAUCAUAUCACCGCCAUAUUUGCGAUC